GUUAUUGACAAUAUGGCUGCCAAAACGAAAGUAGACUUUGGUGGUGAAAAUAAUGAACUAUUGCAAGAGGCAGAUUUUAAAGUAUUGAUGAAGCAUAAAACUGAAUUUUUAGAUUUAGUGACUUUUGUGGGAACCCAGAAGUUGGUCGCUAUCACCAUUUCCAAUUGUAAUGCAAUGUAUAAUUAUUCUUUCACAGACGCACAAAUUCAACGCAGAAGAAACAUGGCGUUUGUUUUUUACAAGACGUUGUUUGAGAUUGAAAUAUUAAAACAUUUUUUCAUGGAAGGGGUUUUACCUGAUAGAUUGGAAGCGCAAAAAAGAACAGCAGUGCUUACUUCCUUAAAAUUUCUGGCGAAAUACCUGACAGACUAUGAUCGUGACAAGGAAGUUUUGCAGAAAUAUUCUGAUGGAAGUGUUAGUGAGGUUGAAUGGGCAAACAUUCUUGCUGCACAUUUGUUUAAGAAACUUGCACCUAAGAGGAAAACAAUUUUAAGUGAUGAUGGAUAUGCCAAGGUACAAGGCUGUCCCUGUAAAUGUGGAGCACUGCUUGACUUUGGAGACACAAGUCUUGGUAAUCCUAGUGUAUGGCACGGGAGUGUAGACACUAUUUGCAAUGGUAAUAUCCUAAUAGACAUAGAUCAUACAACUACUGCUACAGAAAUGAACAUUUCAGUGGAAAAGGAGAACAGGAUUUCUUAUCAACGUCAGAUACUUGCUGAAUCAAUUGUUACCAGUUUUGCUAUGAAAAGACCUGCUCCUUUGAUUUCUAUCUCAAGAAAUCAGAUACAGUUAUUUAUGUAUAUUCCAGAUUCUGAUAUUCUUUUGGAAGGAGCACCUGUUAUCCUUACUGUUGAUAAUCAGUUUCAAUUAAAAGCGGUAUUUUUUGUUUGGCUGCUUCUAAACUACAAUGUUUUCAAAGAGGACUUAAGUAAAACAAUAAGGAGUGGAAUGCCAGUAUCUAAUUUCAAGACAUUGGUUGGAGAUAAGCUGGAGGUGUAUGAAUCUGAUAUUCACUUUGGUGGAUGCAAGAGAAAACUUGAUAAAGAGAGUGACACACUAGAGUUUUUCUAUGGCUUAGGGUCUGGUGGUAACUUUUCAGGAAAGUAACAUUAUUGUGCAAAUGUCUGUCAGAAAGUAAAAAGAAACAUUAAAAAUGAUUUAAUUCCUACAAUUGUAAUCAUAUCUUUAUGUUUCUUAUCAUUUAGGUGGAUAUAUUGUAAACAGUAUAUUGUUUGCAUAAGAAAUAUAAAAGAUUUUUUUGUCGGUAUUGUAAAGGUUCAACAAAAGGAUGUAGUAUUUGUCAGUAGGUAAAUGAACUCUUGGAAUAAUUUAUGCCAGAGGAUUUUUUUGAGUACAAUUCAAAAUUACUUAACCGUAAAUCAGUUAACAUUUUUUUCAGUAGGCAUUUUUCCUAAAGCCACUAUGUGACCUAUUUCAAAAGGCAGUUUUCUUUUUAAUCUAAAUGAAAAUAUUUUCUGACAAAUUCUUUGACAUUGCCAAUGGUAACAUUUUAUAACAAAGCAAAAACAUAAUUUUAGGUAUGUUGUAUAGUUUAUAUUCACACAGCUUGGCUUUUUAAAGAAUAUGGAGGCUAUCCUACUCACCUAUUGGCUUUGGUUAAAGUUUAAGUGCUUCUAAGAAAAUAACAUAUUAUGUGAGAUGUAACUUCUUUUACAACAUCAUAUCUUAACAACAUAUGAAGAUACUUGUUUGUAACUUUACACCAUUAUUAAGAUCAUAAUUUGAGGUCACUUUUUAACAAUGCAUUUUCAACUUCAUUAUUACUUCAAAACCAAUAAAGACAUUUAGGGAGUACUUAAAAGAUGUCGCCAGUGUCAUAAAUGGAGGUCAUAAUACAAGGCCAACUCUUGCAUGGAUUUUGAUUGCUUUAUGGCCCUUUUUGAACUUAUGAUUAUAAAGUUUUACUGGAACAUCAGUAUUCGAAACUAUUGAAAGUACAUGUUUUACAUGAAAUUUUAUAUAAUUGUUCAUAUUUAGCCAACUAAAUGGAAGUUUUAACAUGCCAUUAAACAGUUCAAUUCUAUUGGUGCGAAAUAGUACCAUGUAUGGUUUCAUUACAGUUUUUAUAUAAUGAUCAAUAGAGUUUUGAAGGAACAGAGGUCCAAAGCCCGUACAAUAUAAACUUUUGAUUUCUCAAAUAGAGCAACUUGGAAAUAUAUGCAAAAGAUAAUUUUAAGGUCUAUAAAUAAAUCAAAUAUCAUAUUUUUGUGUUAUUCUUAGCUAGAUUUGAGUAAAAAACAUCACGGCACUCUUCAAUUUUGGGUCAUUUUACACAUUUACAUGGGUCAUUUAGAAAAAUCAUUCUUGAAAAAAAUGGAGAGAGCAAACAAUGUGGAGCUAGUCUCAUAUUUUUUUUCAAUCCCAUCAUGUAUAAAACCUCAGUGGAGAUCCUUUAAUAUUAUUUUCUAGAAAGCACACACUGUAGUCCCCCAGGUUUACAUAAUUAUAAGCAACCAUAAAAUGUAAUAGGAAGAGGUAUUCUUGUUACACUGAAAACAUGUCUUUGUUUGUUAAGUUUAAAUUUAUUUACUCUUUUGACACUCAAUUUUGUGGGCUUAUUCUGUGCAUUUAAAAGUGUGAUUGUUGCUAAUUCCACACAAAAACUAGUCGUGUUGAUGCAUGUAUUACACCCUGUUAAUGGUAAAUAAAAUUGUACUAUAUUGUU